AUGUGCGUUCCAACUCCAGAAAACAAACCAAAAAGAAUAAAUUACUUCCCAAGCGAGUUGCCCUUAUAUGACUUUGGAGAAACAUGACCUACAGAAAAUUCCCAAGACUCAUUAAUUAUUUUCCAUAUCCUAUAAACUUUAUCUAUAUAUAUAUAUAGUCUUCUAUCAAUGAAUAAAUCGGAUCUGAAUUCAUCUACUUCAAUGGAGCAAAAGGAUUCACAACCAAAGUGGGAAGCUAAAGUCUCAACAAGAUUACAAAAGGCAGAUGCAGACCAAAUAUUUUCCCUCUUCAAAGAUUUCUUUGGCCUAAACAAAUGGUUUCCUAGCUUGUCAACAACUUAUGGCAUCCAUGGUGAAAAUGGUGAGGUUGGUUGCAUACGAUACUGUACCGGAUUCUCUCUCCCACCGGAGCGUGGUGCUCCAGUGAGCUGGUCCAAGGAGAGGCUGGUGUCUAUUAAUCCAAUUGAGAGGAUAUUAAGCUAUGAGAUAGUGGAUUGUAACAUUGGGUUCAAGUCAUACUUUUCGACGGUCAAGAUUGUCCCAGAUGAAGUUGAUGGUCAACAUGGAUGUGUGAUCGAGUGGUUUAUCGCCGUUGAUCCAGUGGAAGGAAUGAGAUUGGAGGAUUUGAUCAAAAAGUAUGAAGUUGGGCUGCAGGGAAUGGCUAAGAACAUGGACGAUGCCCUAAUAAGUUCGUAAUAUAACUUUGUUUUUUGUGAUUUUUUUUUUUUUUUUUGCAUAU